GGCCACAUUUUUCUGUUGUCGUUCCUGAGUCUUUCCCAGCCUCCGGCUUCCAUCCCUCCUCUUCUGUCCAAGGCCGGGCGUGUUACUGUCGUCACUGGAAGACUGCCAAUAACGUUUUCUCUUUCCUCGCUCUCAUGCUCCCCGCCUCUUCUCAAGUACCGCGAGAUUUGGUGGCGCGUGUACCAUGGCGGCGGCGCUUGAGGCCCCUGCGGCCUCGGCUCCCGUGGAGACGGCAUUACCGGAGGAGCGUGUGACCGCGCCUGUCCCGGCUCCGGAGCCCGCCCCCGGGCCGGCGCGCAGCCUGCGGACGGCUCACGACAUCGGCGGCCCGCGGACCCGCACAGGGGACGUGCUGCUGGCUGAGCCGGCGGAUUUCGAGUCGUUGCUGCUGUCGCGGCCGGUGCUGGAGGGCCUGCGGGCGGCCGGCUUCGAGCGGCCCUCCCCGGUGCAGCUCAAGGCCAUCCCGCUGGGGCGCUGCGGUCUCGAUUUAAUUGUUCAAGCUAAGUCAGGCACUGGGAAAACCUGUGUAUUCUCCACCAUUGCUUUGGACUCUCUUGUUCUUGAAAACUUAAGUACCCAGAUUUUGAUUUUGGCUCCUACAAGAGAAAUUGCUGUACAGAUACAUUCUGUUAUCAUGGCCAUUGGAAUCAAAAUGGAAGGCUUAGAGUGUCAUGUCUUUAUUGGAGGCACUCCAUUAUCACAAGACAAAACCAGACUUAAAAAGUGUCACAUUGCCGUUGGAUCUCCUGGCAGAAUUAAACAACUCAUAGAACUUGAGUACCUGCACCCAGCCAGUGUACGUCUUUUUAUUCUUGAUGAAGCAGAUAAACUUUUAGAAGAAGGCAGCUUUCAGGAGCAAAUAAAUUGGAUUUAUUCUUCUUUGCCUGCUAGUAAGCAGAUGUUGGCAGUAUCAGCCACUUACCCUGAAUUUUUGGCUAAUGCUUUGACAAAGUACAUGAGAGAUCCCACUUUUGUAAGACUAAAUUCCAGUGAUCCGAGUCUCAUAGGUUUGAAGCAGUAUUAUAAACUUGUUACUUCAUACCCUUUGGCCCAUAAGAUUUUUGAGGAAAAGGCUCAACAUUUACAGGAACUGUUCAGCAGAAUUCCAUUUAAUCAAGCCUUAGUCUUUUCUAAUUUGCACAGUAGAGCACAACAUUUGGCUGAUAUCCUUUCUUCGAAAGGCUUUCCUGCUGAGUGCAUUUCAGGGAGCAUGAAUCAGAAUCAGCGUCUUGAUGCUAUGGCUAAACUGAAGCAGUUUCACUGCCGAGUCCUCAUUUCUACCGAUUUGACUUCCCGUGGGAUUGAUGCCGAGAAGGUGAAUCUGGUCGUAAAUCUGGAUGUACCGUUGGACUGGGAGACAUACAUGCAUCGGAUUGGCAGAGCCGGUCGUUUUGGUACAUUAGGACUGACAGUAACCUAUUGUUGUCGGGGAGAAGAAGAAAAUAUGAUGAUGAAAAUUGCUCAAAAAUGUAACCUCAACCUUCUUCCUUUACCAGAUCCCAUUCCUCCUGGUCUGAUGGAAGAAUGUUUGGAUUGGGAUGUAGAAGUUACAGCUGCCAUGCAUGCGUAUGACUUAGCAAGUGUGCCUACCCAAACCCUAAAAAAGCAAAUUCAAAAAAUAGAGAGAACCUUUCAAACUCCUAAAGCUCAUGGUAACCAAAUGGCUUCAUCUAGAGUUACUUCUGGCCCUGCAGCAUCAGCCAGAUCAAAAAGUAAUGCCAAACAGAAGCUACCUGUGAAAAGCCACUCCGACUGUGUAAUCAUAGAAAAAGCGACAUCACCCAAAGAACUGGGCUGUGCCAUACCACCGGAAGAGGAAGUAAAGGAUUCUGCUCAGACCCCUGUUGAAAACUCUACCGAUAGUCAGCAUCAGGUCAAAGAAGCUUUACCUGUGUCACUCCCUAAAAUUCCAUGUCUGUCUUCCUUUAAAACCCACCUGCCGUGCACUUUGACUUUCGCGGAAUUGGUAGAGGACUAUGAGCACUAUAUCAAAGAGGGGUUAGAGAAACCUGUGGAAAUCAUCAGGCACUACACAGGUCCUGGGGAUCAGACUGGAAAUCUUCAGAAUGGCUUUGUGAGAGAGAGAUGUGCUGAAGAGAGAGUGCAGAUAGUGGCAAGUAGUAGCCAAUCUGGAGACUCUGAGAGUGACAGUGAUUCUUACAGCUCCCGGACUUCUUCCCAGAGCAAAGGAAAUAAGUCAUACGUGGAAGGCUCUUCUGAUGCUCAGCUGAAAGACUCUGAAUCUACUCCUGUGGAUGGCCAUAUCUCUUUGGAGCAAUCUCAGAAUGAAAAUGACACCCCUAAUCAAGAAUCACCUGAAAUCCAAAAAAAGGCAAGGCACAAAGAGGGGGCUAACCAGAGAGCUAAGCAGAGCCGGAGAAACCCUCCCAGGCGGUCUUCCUAUCGUUUGCAGACAGAGCCCCAAGAAGACGGGUGGUAUGACUACCGCAGGGAGACACACCUGAGUUUUUCUGAUACCUAUCAGGAUUACGAGGAGUACUGGAGAGCUUACUACAGGGCGUGGCAGGAGUACUAUGCUGCUGCUUCUCAGUCGUAUUACUGGAAUGCCCAGAGACAUCCCAACUGGAUGGCAGCCUAUCACAUGAAUACCAUCUAUCUACAAGAAAUGAUGCGUGGAAACCAGCGAUUAUAGGAUAUACCUGGGGCCAUCAGAAAAUACCAGGCCGUCUACCCUUCUUGACCUCUACUGUACAGUGGCAUUUUUGAGGAACUUGAAAAGACCUGAGGUUUUCCACUGGGACACAUCUGGUUUUCAGAUCGUUUUGACUUAGGCCCGGUUUAUUAUCCUCUUUAUUUAAGAGACUUCAUGGACCAGUUUCUUGAAAGAAUUUUUGGGACAUAGAGCUAAGGUUCCAGAGUGCCAUUUUCUGUAAGCCAUUUCAAGAGCAAACAUUUAAAAAGACGUACCACUGCUUACUUAAAAAAAUAAAAACAAUCGAGAUUUGGAAAGUAAUACAAGU